GUUUUAUAGUUAUAUAGUUUCUAUAGUUGUAUAGAAAAUAAUAGAUAUGUUAUUUCAGAUAACCAGAUGUCAAUUUGAUUGCCAAAACAUCAUACAAUUGGUUUAGACAUUUAUUCAUUACAGCAUUAUUUAUAAUAGUGAAAUUAUCCAAAAUUAGGGGGAUGGUUAAACAAAUUAUAAAAUAUCAUACUAUGAAAUACUUUGCAAUCUUUAGAACUUAUGUGUUGAAAACAACAAAAUAGAAAGUGCUUUUAAUAUUAAGUGAAAAGGGCUGUGGUUGAGGCUCAGUGGUAGAGCGUUUGCCAAGCAUGAGUGAGACGUUGGGUUCAAGCCUCAGCACCACAUAUAAAAAAAUAAAAUAAAGGUGUUGUGUCCAUCUACAAGUAAAAGAAUUAAAAAAAUAAGUGAAAAAAUUAGAAUACACAACUGAAUAUAGAAUUUGAACCCAAUGCUUAUAAAGAUUGGUAGGAAAUAUAAUGAUUAUCUUUGGGUAAUAGGAUUCUGGAUGAUUUUUGUUUUCUUCAAUAGUUUUCUUUGGUUUAUAUUUUCAGAUUUUAUUCCAUGGAUAUAUAUUCCUGUAAUUGGGAGAAAAGUUAAAAUGUUUUUCUUUGCCAGACAAAGCCAACCAAUUGUUCUGUCUGACGUUUAAUACAAUGACAGUAUGGUUUUUUUGUUUGCUUUGGUGCUGGGGGUUGAACCCAGGGCCCUGCACAUGCUAAACACAAAUUCAUGAAUUUUACCACUGAGCUACAACCCCAGCCUACUCAAUGGGUUAAUGUGAGUGAAUUUUAGGAAUCACCUUCUGUAUCCAAUUUCAGUUGAAUAAUGAUUCUUUGCCAAAAGCAUUGUAAAAAGCUGUUUGAAAACUGUACUCCCCAAAGUACUGUUAUCUUUGACAUUAUUGAUAGAUAGAUUUUUUUUUUCCAGUGCUGAAGAUCAAACCCACAUGUGAGACAAAGGUUCUGCUGCUGAGCCCUAUCCCCAGCCUUGAUGGAUGGAUUUUAACAGAAGACCUGCCUCUUACUUUUCAGUUAGCACCUUUGUAUCAAGGAUGCGAAUCAUUAUAAAAUCUAUUAUAAAAAUUAAUUUUUCAUAGGUACUGUAUGCUGUGACUGGGCCAGGAUUAUCAAAGUUUUGGCUUUGUUACAAAAGCAGUUCAAGAUUUCACUUUUCUUUGGUGACUAAGUGUGCAGAUUGUGACUUAUGUCCAUCCAAGAAAUACAUAAACAUGCAGUUCUUCCUCCUAUCAUUAGUAGAUGUGACAAGGAAUUUUUGGAACGUACGCAAAGAUACAUAAUUACAGAAAUUGAAAGAGUGGGCUGUAAUGAGGAAGGACCUGCUGAUGAAUAUUACAUCAUAUACCAAAAUGUUUUUAAUAAGGUAAUAGACUAUGUCACUGCAUACAAAUCCAUUCUUACUUCAAUCAAAAAAGAAUAUGAUGCCUUUAUUGAGACACUAAAGAAAGACCGAAGAACUACAUUUUUUCUUCAUGGAAAACUUAAAGUUUGGGCAGCAGAGCCCACAGUUUUGGUAUAUCAUCAGAGAAGAGCUAUCCAGCUUGAAGCAAAAAUGAGGAUUAUUGAAAAUAAUUCCUUGAAGAUUCAAUUGCAAAUAGAUCAAAUGAAACAGCUUAGGGCAGAGUAUGACACAAAAGAAGCAAAAUACUGUACUCUCUCCAAAGAUCCUUCAAAACCUAUUCCAGGCAUGACUCUCCAAGAUUCUGUCAAUCUAAAUGCUCUCAGGAAAUUCAGGAAACACCUUGAAGAUAAAUACAGAGAAAUGAAGCAAGCUAUGUUGGUAAAAUAUGUACCAAUUCAAAGGAUGGCUGAUUUUGAUGAGGAAAUGAUUGUGUUAUUAAAACGGCGAGAUAUAGCUGAAAAUCUGAAUGAAAAAUUACAGUUUCGUCAUCAAAGACUGCAGAUUAUUUUAUAUGCACUUUCUUCAUGGGUAAAAUCUGAUAAGAGCAAAACAUUUGAAGACUUCGUGGAAGAAAUUCAGAAAACCAAAGAUUUUCAUGCAUUUAUAGUUGACCAAGGCUUUGUUGAAGAACUGCUUGAAGAUGAUCCAAGCAAGGCAAAAAAUGCUGAAAUUAUACUGUACUACAUUGAAAGGUUCAAUGAACUAAUGUCACUUGGUGAAUAUGAAAAGGCAGCUUAUUUUGCAGCAAGCAGUCCUAGAAGGAUUCUUCGAAACAUGGGUUCAAUGGAUAAAUUUAAGGCUAUUGGAAAAAUUAGAGGAAAAACUCUUCCAUUACUCUUAUUUUUUGAGGCUAUAUUUAGCACAAGCCAUGCUUUUAAAACUCCUGUUGAUGCAGAUCUAACCCUAGAAGGAAUCAAAUGUGGAUUAUCUGAAAAACGGCUGGAUUUAGUUAUCAACUGGGUCACCCAGGAAAAGCUGACAUUUUCAGAGAAGGCUGGGGAUGUGAUUUAUGAUUAUGGGGAACAAGAUACUUUUAACAAAGCCAAGUGCCUGGCUUUAGCUCAGAUUAUCUACAGUGAAUGUGGCCUGCAUAAGAAAGUUCUCCUUUGCCUGUGUAAACAGGGUCAGAUCCAUGGGGCCAUAGAAUACUUACAACAAUUCAAGGACUUUACUCCUGAUGACCUGAUGAAGCUAAUAACAUUAUGUCCUCAAACUGAACUAAUUCAAUGUCUCACUGAAGAAAAGAAUGGGAGACCACCAUUUUUAUCUUUUGGACUUGCCAUACUUCAUCUGUUCUCUGUGAAUAUGGAAAAAGUUGGCAUUAAGCUACUCCAAGAAAUAAACAAAGGUGGGACAGAUGCAGUAGAACAUCUUGUGAUAAAUGAUUCAUAUUGCUCCCUAGAAAUGUGGCAACAAUUGGCAAAUAUAUGUUUACAGAAUGGCUUUGACAAAUUAUCUAAUGACAUCAUAUCCAUUCUUCGAUCUCAGGCUGGAGUUGCAGAAAUUUCUGAAGAAGAAGAUACAGUCAAUUUAAUGGAACAUGUUUUUUGGUAGUUCUGUAUUUUAGCCAGUUGAGGGAGCUUGUACAACAUUUUACAGGCAAACUAGUUUUCUCAUAAUUAACUUACAAAUAAAUCUAGUGCAUGAAGCUCUCAGAAGUAAAUCACAUUUCUUUUUGUUAUGAUUUCAAGUUGGCUUCUUGAAAAUCUUCAUUUUUGAAUUUUUGAAUCCUUGAUAUUUUAAGGAAAAAACCUCUGAGGUCCUUUUUCUGUGUAAUGCAAGAAAAAGCAAGAUGAUAGAUACUUCAAGGUUGACUCGCUGACAGAAAGCUAGAGUAUAAUAAUUUUGUAUUUAAAAAUACUGCUGAUUUAAAGAUGUGCCCCAUGAUUUGGCAUAUAUAAAUAUGGCAAAGAUUAGGCUUCUACUAAAGUCGGGCAUCUUAACAUGUUCUUACUUAGAGGGAAGACCAGCCAAGGUUUGCUCAUAAGUAGAGCUGGGAUACCUAUAGGCAUAAAUGUUAUUAUGUGUCAUAAAGUGUUAUUUUAUGACUUCAAAUAUGUAAAUAUUUGAAGUAUUUGAGAACUCAGAGUUCUGUUCCUUGUAUAGGUGUGAUAAUCAAAAUCGUUAAUGAUCAAUAUGACAGGGGCACCAAUCAAGCGGAACAGACAUCCAACCAAUCAGUACAGCUUUCUGUUCUUAUUGCCACAUCAGAACAUAGCAGCUGAAUGUCAGCCUUGACCAUGGGGUAUGGUAAAAAUUAGCUGCUGUUACAUAGAAUAGGAAUAAAAAACAUAAUUUUUUUUCUCCUAAAUUUAAAUUGGAUAUGUAUUUUUUAUGUCACAAUGGAAAGAAUAUGAACUUGGAGUCAGUCUUAUUAAAAUUCUGGUACUAUCUUUUA